GAAUCAAGCGGCCCUGCUUGCAAUGCCACUGCCAUGGAAGCUGAACGGGAAACCCGAGCGGAUACCUGGCUACGAGAAUCGUGCCAUCACUAUUCGUCAGCUUCAGGAUUUGGCCAUCUACCUGCAGAGGCUUUGCAAGGCGGGGCUGCUGCGAUUCUCCUGCACUCGCUCGAAGAAGAAAGGAUUCUUCGGGCACCGCGUGCAGUGGGCGGCGGUCAACAUGUACAUCCUCAGCAACGAGGUGAUUACGAAGGUGAUUCCUCAUAGCGACCCUGACUGCCCAGAUGAUCCCGUAACGGGUCAGAGCUGGUACAGCUGGGUGGAGUUUCUCAGCUGUGGGCCCAAGCGACCGAAGGUGUUUUUUAGCCACUGGUGGGGCGGCCACUUCCGGGACUUUAUGACGGUAGUGGAGAAGGUGCAGAAGGACAAGCGUCUCAGCAUGUAUGACGGCAUCUGGGUUUGCACCUUCGCCCUCUGCCAGUUCGGUGAGGAUUUGGGCGCCCGGCUGGACACCAGCCCCUUCGUGAAGGCCCUGCUCUGCGCCGAUCACGUGGUGCUGGUCGUGGACCGUGCCUCGGGCUCCUUGUCGCGGACCUGGUGCGCCUUUGAGCUGCAGCUCAGUGCACAGGAGUCCAAGGCUUUGGACUUGUUCGCGCCCACGGGCAAGGUGGGCUCUGAGGGCGCCUCCUCCGUGGCGCUCCUGGACGCCGUGGAGGCCUGGGACAUCCGCUCCACAGAGGCCUCCAACGCCGCGGACCGGCGGCAGAUUCUGAACCGCGUAGCGGGGAUCGAUGAACUGACCGGCAUCAAGAAGGAUGAGCAGGGGAGGCCAGUGGUGGACCGGGGUCGCAAGGUCUUGGAGGACACGCGCCUGGAUCCCCACGAGCAGCGGGCACUGAAGGGCCGGCCGGAGUUCGCCCACGAGGCCUUGAUCUUCAGCGAGCACCAGGGGAACUUUGAGCAGCUGAAUAGCCUGGUGCGAGGGAAGGUGAAGAACAGCUUCGGCGCGCACCUCCGCACCCGGGGCUGCAAGAUCUCGGACCCCGCCUUCCGAGGCAUCACGCUGGGCCAGCUGAAGAAGUUCUUCCGGCACGCCAUGCGCAAGUUCCGGCGGAGCUGGGAUUCCAUCCUGGUCUCCGAAAUCGCUGCCUACGUGUGGCAGGAGCUGAAGCCAAAGAUCCACGGUGAGCCCUGCUCCUUCCUGGAGACCGUGGCGGAAGCCCCAGUGCCGCCGGAGGUCUUUGUGUCCUACAGCAACGCCGGGUCCUUCGCGGAUUUGGUGCGGUCCUUGGAGUGGCAAGCGGAGGCCCGCGAGUUCGAUGACAACACGCCCUUCUUCUUCGACAUCCUUUGCAUAGCCCAGGAGGAGAUGCGGAUUGUGAGCGACGAGAGCUUCCACACCAUCGCAGCGCAGGAGAGCGAGGGCAUCCUGGUGUGCCACGGUUGCGACCGCGGCUGGGUGCUGCACAACAUUGCGGCCUUUCUGACCACGGACAAGCUGGUGGACUUUGGCUCGGAGAGUGGAGUGCUGGCCUGCACCCGGCCUUUUCGGGAUGGGAGCUGGGAGUGCGGCCAGUUCAGCAAAGCCCAGCUCCAGAAGCUGUUGCUGCUGAAGUGCGACAAGGUGUGCAUGGGCUCCUGCAGCGAGGAGGAGUUCGUUCACGUGAAGCAGCGCAUCGCGGCCUGCUUCCCCCACGUGCCGCCGCAGGAGGCGGCCGCGCUCUUUGAGGAGAGCCUGCGGCGCUUCGCCACCGGCCCGCUGCUGCGGGGCGCCGCAAGCCACGGGGACCGGGUCUUCAUCCGCAAGGUCUGUGCAGCGCCAGGCAUGUUGAUCACCAACAAGAGCAACCGCGGCAGCCUGGGGGAGAUGCCGGUGCACCUGGCCGCCGCCUCGGGGGACGUCCACGCGCUCCGGACCUGCCUGGACCUCAAGGCGGAUCCCAACGCCGAGGAUGUCAUGCGCGAGCGGCCCCUGCACUAUGCCGCGCUGGUGGGGUGCGCGCCGGCGGUCCAGGUCUUGUUGCGUGCCAACGCGGAUCCCACGGUGCGGUCCGCCUUCAUGGAAACGCCGCUGGACGUCGCACGGGAAAACGCCGCCGCCUUCCUGGGAGUGAAGACCGACACCAUCCAGGACCUGCUCAGCAGCGCUGAAGAGCUGGAGUGGAAGCUCGCCUCGGCACAGGCCUUCAACGAGGACCCGGAGCCUUUGGAGCUGGACAGCGCGGUGCUGCUGAGCCUACGGGAGGUGCCGGAUGAGCGGAAGCUGGCGGAAACGGCUUCUGCCCCGGUGUCACAAACCCAAACGCAGAAGUUCGCCGACCAGGAGAUUGCCGCGCAGUCGCAGGAAAUGGAUUGGCUCAAUUUGGUGAUCUGCGCGUUUGAGAAGAUCGGUGGGGGCACGAUGACCAAAGACGCCCUCAUAGAGACGCUCUCAACUCUGCUGAAGGAGGACGCCUCGUUGCUGGUGGAGGCCCUCGCGUGUGGCCAGCAGGACAUACAGGUGAGGGACUUUCUGGAGCUCCUCGUGCAGGCCAAAUGACCGAUGACCGCAGGAGAACAAGCCGAAGUGAGCCGCCAGUGCAGAGUUCGAAAGACAAAAACAG